AUGUUUGGUCUUCCCGGUUUCAUGCUUAUUAUUAAAAAACAAGUUAUUCAAGGAAAUGCUCAAGAAAGUUUCAAAUGUCCAGAUGACUAUGGAUUUUACCCUCACAGUAUAUCAUGUGACAAAUAUUGGAAAUGUGACAACGGUUUACCAGAAUUAAAAACUUGUGGUAAUGGUUUGGCUUUUGAUGCAAGCGAUUCAAAAUACUUAACCGAAAAUUGCGAUUAUCUUCACAAUGUCGAUUGUGGAGAAAGAACAAACUUAGAACCACCAAUCAGUACGCCACAUUGUCCAAGAUUGUACGGUAUUUUCUCCGAUGAAAAAAAAUGUGACGUUUUUUGGAAUUGUUGGAAUGGUGAAGCUAGCAGAUACCAAUGUUCUCCUGGACUUGCUUACGAUAGAGAUUCUCGUGUUUGUAUGUGGGCUGAUCAAGUUCCAGAAUGUAAAGUUGAAGAAGUCGCAGGAGGAUUCACAUGCCCAGCUGCCGGUGAAAUCGCUGCUGGAGGAUCAUUUUCAAGACAUGCUCACCCAGAUGAUUGCAGAAAAUAUUACAUUUGUUUAGAAGGAGUUGCUAGAGAAUAUGGUUGUCCAAUUGGAACUGUUUUCAAAAUUGGUGAUUCUGAAGGAGCUGGAAAUUGUGAAGAUCCUGAAGAUGUUCCCGGAUGCGAGGAUUAUUACGGAGAUUUGGAUUUGAAGACGAUUAGGAAGAGCGAAUUGUUAGCCGGUUUGAAAAGCAGCGGAGCUGGAAGAAGUGGUAACCAAGAUGUUCCAGCACAACUGCAACCGAAACCUUUGGUCAAACCAAGGGUACCGGCUCAAAUUCAUCCGGCUCCAAUCCAGGCAAGACCCCAGGGACUCAUCAAGGAACAAUUUGAAGAACAAAAUUAA